AUGUCGCGGUUGCCCUUCGUCCUCACGGCGCUUCUCUUCGCGCAGAACGUCCUAGCCAUUGGACAACCUUCUUGCGUCUCCUCUCGAAGCUCUUCCGGCUCCUUCGCUGUCGUCGCUAAUGGCCGCCGCGCAGCACCCAUCUUCACUUCUGAGGAAGAUUGGCCCGGUGUUCACAUCGCUGCUGCAGAUUUCGCCGCCGACAUUCGACGUGUCACAGAUGUCAACCCUUCCUUGAGGAACGGUACCGUCUCUGACCUGUCGGGAAGCAGGCCUAUCAUCGUCGGUACCCUCGGCAAGAGUGCGUUGAUCGACGCUAUCGUCAACUCCAACUCGACGGGUUUGGAUGUGUCGAGCAUCGAAGGAAAGUGGGAGUCGUUCAUCGGCAAGGUGGUAGAGAACCCGCUUCCUGGUGUGCAGAGUGCCUACGUGAUUGUCGGCUCGGAUAAGCGAGGGACGAUCUAUGGUCUUUACGAACAUUCGGAACAGUUUGGUGUCUCCCCAUGGUACUGGUGGGCCGAUGUCCCAACCACCAAGCGUCCUCAAAUCCACCUCACCGCUGAAGGCUGCUCCCAUGGCGAGCCCACCGUCAAGUACCGCGGUAUCUUCUUGAACGAUGAACAACCCGCUUUGCAGAACUGGGCCUUUGAGAAAUUCACCAACGGCACCGGCUCGGAACACUUCAACUCUCCGUUCAACAGGUUCUUCUAUACCCGGCUAUUCGAGCUUAUUCUGAGGUUGAGGGGUAACUACUUGUGGCCUGCUAUGUGGGGAAGUGCUUUUGCUAUGGACGACCCUCUAAACCAAUUCUUGGCCGACCGAUAUGGUGUCGUUAUGGGCACCAGUCACCAAGAGCCCAUGCUUCGAUCCACCCCCAACGAGUUCACCAUUGUUGGCAGCGGCGGCUGGGAUUAUGUCGGCAACACCGAGGCUAUCCAGAAGUACUGGAGAGAAGGUGUUGAGCGUGGCAAGGACUUCGAGUCUAUUUACACUAUGGGCAUGCGAGGCUUCGGUGAUUUGCCACUUUCUGAGGAGACCAACAUUGAGUUGCUGGAGAAGGUUAUUGAAGACCAGAGCGCCAUCUUCAGGGAGGUGUAUGGUGAAGACGUUGAUCUUGCCACUAUUCCCCAGGUCUGGACCCUCUCUGACUAUUCCAAAGACAAGGAGGUCGAGGGCUACUAUGACAAGGGCAUGCGAGUUCCCGAUUACAUUACUCUCCUCUGGGCCGAUGACAACUGGGGCAACAUCCGUCGCUUCCCCACUCCCAGUGAGCGCAACAGGACCGGUGGUGCUGGCGUCUACUACCACUUCGACUACGUCGGCGACCCACGGAGCUACAAAUGGUUGACCACCACCCAACUCGAGAAGGUCCAUGAACAAAUGUCCCUCGCCGUCGACCGUGAGGCAACCCGCCUUUGGAUCGUCAACGUUGGUGACAUGAAGCCUUUCGAGCGCGAGAUCGAAUUCUUCCUCAGCUACGGUUACGACGCACCCCGAUGGAAGCACAACAACAUCAACGAGUUCGUCAACUUGUGGGCUCAGCGAGAGUUUGACGUCGACCAGAACACCGCGGAGGCGAUUACUGGCAUCGUCGGCAACUUGACCAGGUACAAUGCUAGGAGGAAACCCGAGCUUUUGAACGGAACGACAUUCAGCUUGAUCAACUACCGGGAGGCUGACAACGUCUUGACCGGCUGGGACAACCUCGUCUCUGCUUCCACCAGAAUCUACAACCGGCUCUCGAAUGCCUUCAAGCCUGCCUACUUCCAGCUCGUCCACCACCCCGUCAUCGCCAGCGCCAACCUUGGCCACAUGCUUAUCAACGUUGGUCUCAACAACCUUCGAGCCUCGCAGGCCAGUCAAUCUGCCAACACCUAUGCUGCCAUUGCCGAGAGGUUGUUCGACCGUGAUUGGGAAAUCGAGACCGAGUACCACAAGUUGCUCGAUGGCAAGUGGAAUCACUUCAUGUCCCAAACCCACAUCGGAUACUACUACUGGCAACAGCCCAUGGCUAACACCUUGCCUGGUCUCGUCAAGGUUGCCACUCGCAAGCAGGCUCUUCCCGGUGUGAUGAGAAUCACCGCUGAGAACAGCAACGGUGCAUGGCCAGGAGACAACAGGAACAACUGCCGCGACGGUUACAACUGCGGUGACCCUACCCUCACCAUCGACAACUACGACACUUUCGGCAACAAGUACAUCGAUAUCAGCGCUGGCGGUCCAUCGUCAUUCGACUACAGUAUCAAGUCCAGCGAAUCUUGGGUCAGGAUCUCUUCUACUCGGGGAUCGAUCUCGCAGAAGAACAAGGACAUCGAGCGAGUGUUCUUCAGCGUUAGCGACUGGGGCAGCCUGCAGGAUGGCCGCAAUGAAGCCAGGAUCACCGUCACUGCUAAUGCCCGUGGCCAGAACCCUCUGGACGUCAAUGUCAACUUCGUCGCUAUCAAGAACGCCGUUCAGGGUGACUUCAAGGGCUUCGUUGAGGGUGCUGGUGUUAUCUCUAUUGAGGCUGCUCACGCAUCGCGCAACAGCAGCGUUGGCAACUAUGCCUGGCAAGAGCUGCCUGGCUAUGGCCGAACUCUCUCUGCUGUAACUCCUCUCCCUCGCACCGACGACAGCUACGAGGCUGGCACUGGACCUACCCUUGAAUACGACUUCUACAACUUCAACGCUGUUGGCGACGAACACAACGUCACGGUUACCGUCCUCUUGGCUCCCGCCUUCAAUUUUGCUACCGAGUCCAACCCUCUUGCCUUCGGUCUCACCAUUGACGACCAGCCCAUCCAACGCAUCCAGCCUAUUCCUCCUCUCUCCAAGCCUGGAGACUUCCCUCCUGGCUGGGGAGGUGAGUUCGGAUGGGUUGCCAACUCCAUCACUCCCUACGUGAUUACCUUCAGCAAUGUCGCUCCUGGUGCCCACACCCUCAAGUUGUCUGCUAUCGAGUCGGGUGUUGUUGUCCAGAAGAUCAUCAUCGACGCCGGUGGACUGCUCACCAGCUACCUCGGUCCUCCCGAGAGUAUUCGCGUUUAA